CCUCCCUCUCCCUCUCCCUCCCUCUCUCUCUGCAGCCUCUCCAGCAGUAUGCCCGGCGCUCAAACGGAAGCAGGCGCUACCAUUUUGAAACACAGCACCGCUAAGGGCCAUGGACAAGAGCAACACCGUGAAGCUCUUCGUGGGGAACCUGGCUCUGGACACCACCCAGGAGGAGCUGUCCGCCAUCUUUGAGCCGUACGGCCAGGUGGUCAGCUGCAGCGUGCUGCGGCAGUUCGCCUUCGUCCACCUGCAGGGCGAGGGCGCGGCGGACCGGGCCAUCCGGGAGCUCAAUGGCAGAGAGUUUCGGGGCAGGAACCUGGUGGUGGAGGAGUCCAGGGGGCGGCCGUUGCACUCCACCAAGGUGUUCGUGGGCAACCUGAGCGGCAUGUGCACCACUGAAGACCUCAAGCAGCUGUUCCAGACUUUUGGGAAAGUUCUCGAGUGUGACAAAGUCAAAGGCUACGCCUUCGUUCACAUGGAAAAUAAGGAAGAUGCUCUUCAGGCCAUCGAGGCUUUGCACGGUACGUCGUUUAAAGGCCGGCCGCUGUCUGUAGAGCUAUCGAAGGUCCAGCCCAGCAAGCAGACGCCCACAGGGAAGAUCCCGUGCGUUAACUGUGGGAAGCAGGGCCACUACGCCGGAGAGUGUCCUGUGGGGAAGCCGUCUUUGGAGCAGUACCAGAGUCAGGCGGCGGUGUUGGCCGCCGCCGCGGCCGCGGCCGCCGGCCUGCCUCUGCAGGUCCAGCAGAGCGUGCACAACUCGGUCUACAACACCUCCACCUUCGACCCAACGUACGCAGCUCUCACGGGGAUCACCACCGGCACGCGUACCGACGGAAACCCGGUGAACCCGGCCGUCUACGGCGCCCUGGCCAGCCAGGUGUACGGCGCUAAUGUUGCCAAUCAACUCUACGGGAGCGUGGCGAACCAGGCGGCUCUCACGUCAGGCGCCACACAGGUGUACAGCUCGGUGGCGCCCAACAUCUACGGCCAGGUGGCGUCGUCUCCGGCGGCCGCCGCUGCCGCCGCCGCGGCGGCCGCUGCUUACUCGACGCCGGUUUACACCCAGACUGUCGGCAACCAUCACGUCUACCUGACCGGGCCUCCCGGGAUAGAGAUGCCGGCGGCGGCGGCUACGGUGAACCCCGCCUACUCCGUCGCUCCGGCGAUCUACGGCGGGGCCUCGCCGGCCUACGCCCACAUCAGCGCCAUGGGAGCAACAGAUCCAGCCACGGCCUUGUUUGAGGCCGCCAGGCAGGCUCACUACUUUGCGCAGGGCCAGCAGGCGGUGGCUGAGCAGCAGGCGGCAGCCGCGGCCAAGUCUGGGGAGAGAGACCGUAGUCCGUUACGUAGGUCGGCCCCUCUCCUGCCAGACCCCGUGAUGAAGCCCUUUAUAUACCAGAGGGCCAAACCGCGCAGACCCUUGCUCCCUACACCUGCUGGCCGUGCAGCCGAAGAGGCGAUAGAGGCAGCAGAGGACCCUAUGGCCAGGUACUACGCCGAGUACUACCAGCAGUUACAGCAGUACCCUCAGUUCCAGUACGCCUACCCGUCGAGCACAAUGGCAGCCAUUGUGGGCAUGCAGGGAGUCACGGGGGUCCCCACGAUGUCUGCCCAGCCAGUCGCCACGCUGGAAGCCCUCAGGCCGGUGGUCCCCAGUGCCGCCGCAGUGGCAGCUGCCAUGGCUGCGCCCAGGGUGUAUGAGCCGCCGUUGCCGCCGCCUACGCGCAAGGAGGCCAUCCUCCACCGCCCCGAACUCUCCCUUCACACGCCUGAGCCCCCCUUCCGAUAGUUGCACUCAACUGUCUGCCCCUGCCCCUUUCCCCUCUUUGCCCUGAUCUCUCACCCCUACAUACCUUUCCACUCAAACUUGACCACCUCUGUGUGUGUGUGUGUGUGUGCGCGAGUGUGUUUGUGUGCCUGGGGGGAUUUGAAACUGCGGGCCGUUGGGCUUAAUAACGUGCUUCACGAGGGGACUGAUCCGCUAACCUUGGUCCAGUUUGCAUAACCACAGUGCAGCUUUGAAGACAGGCUCUCAUCUAUUUUAUUUUUCCUUUUUUUUUUUUUACGGGCAUUCUUUGUGCUUCCCUUUUGAUCGUGCCAGUCUCACACUUGUGCCAGUAUUGGACUGACCGAGUCGUCAGUCGUUUGUUUUGCCUUCAUUUCCGCAACCCAGUUCUGAUGUUUCUAGGGCCAAAUCUCCAGUAAACGACACCAGCCACUCUGCUUGGGGCUGGAUGAUCUGGUAGGGCAGCUAAUCCGAAACCUUUUUUGCCUUAUGUUGAAGAGUUUAGACUUGUAACGUUCUCAGACGGGGGAAGUCGGACAUCGUGCACCUGCUGCAUUGUACUGUGUCCAACAGAACCAAGGUUAAUGUGUUUUGGGGAGACCGUUUGUCCUGGAUGCCGUGUGUGUGUGUGUGUGUGUGUGUGAUUGCGUGGGCUGUGCGGCCUCCUGACUCUUGCGCACAAACGCAGCAGCUUAAAGCUGCGCUUUGCAGAGGAAACAAAACGUAAAGCACACAUAUACGUACUGUAAUGUUUGUUCGUAUCUGCCCUCACCCACCCCCCCGCCCCCGAAUCCUCCCCCUCCCCAUUAAUCUACGACACUGAAAGACACUGCUUCACCUCUUCCUAACUACAGCUGCCUACCUCUUACUGUAAAUCUCAGUGUAGAUUGUAUUCUGUUGUCGUCAGCAGUCGCAGGUCCACAUAAAGCUACAGCAGUCCACAGACUGGGUGGCUAGAUUUCGUGUGUUGACAUAUAUCUAUAUAUAUCUAUAUAUUCGGGCUUCUUUCAUGUUCAGGGGCCUUUUGAAAACACGGGGAAAAGUGUAAAUAGUCUCUUUCCAUCAUUAUUGUUUACAUGCGCUAUAAGUCAGCUGAAAGGAUGUAAUGGGUUUUAAAUGGGAGAGAAGAUGUGUACGUUUACAGAGGAUCUGUGAAUCGCAUCCUUUAUAAACCAUGAUUAUAUGUGACACGGUCAAUUAUGUGCCUAAAAGCCUUUAGUGAAGUGCAUUAAGUGGAGGGAUCUCCCAUUUUUUUUUAAGUGCUUUUUUUUUUCCUAGUCAUUUCAAGAAAAGUAACAGAAGCCUCAGAGCUCAGAAUCCCGAGGGCUACAAGUGGUAAAGCUUCCACUCUUGUAAAAGGUUUGUUAAUUAUAAAUGUUUUUUUUUUCUUUUUGUCUUUUUAAAAAGCCACAAAUUGAGCCUCUGAGGUUCACGAUAAGCCUUUUGGUUUGAAGCAGAAACAGCAGUGAUAGCACCAAUGAAGUGAGAGAUGGGGCAGUGUCUUCCAGUGGCCCCAAAAUAUCCACCGUUCCCUCAUCAAACGCCAGAUCUGCUUCAGAUUCUUGCUCCCAACGUGUCUCUGGGCAGGUUUUAGUUUACUCGUGGAAUCGACUGCCGUUCCUCGCCAAAAAGCAUUUCUACCCCUUUUAAGUUUUCUUCCUCUACAGCCGUGCAACUUUAAAUGUAUUUCAUUGCAAUCAGUUUGAUAAACCAACACAAAGCUGCUCACCAGUGUGAAGGAAAAUGAAAAUAAUGCAUGUUUUUUUUUUAUUUUAUUUCUGAAUAAAGUCUAGAGCCACAUUUUAGUCUCUACCAGCUUUCCACGUUUUGAGACAGAAACUUAUGCCUGUUCUUCUUUGCAAAGUGACUCAAGCUCAGAUUCAGCAUGAUGCUGCCACCACCACCGUGUUUCAUUGUAACAACAGGGUGGUGUAUAUUUGUUAGGCCUCUCCCUCUCAUGGCAUUUUUGCAUAUAGGCCUAAAUGUAAAAUAUUUGUUCUGGUUUCGAGCAGAGAAUCUUUUUCCACAGGUUUGCCGUGUCCCCCGCCUGGCUUCUUACAAACAGAAAACACAACGUCUGACUUUUGAAUCCUCCAUAAAGGCCAGAUUCGGGGGAGUUGCGGGACUAGUGGCUCCCACCCGAGCUAAUGCUCUCCGCAGCUCCUCCAGAAGUACAAAGCUUCUCUGAUAGACACCCUCUCCGUUUUCACACCGACCAUGGUCGAAUACACAGGCGUACCACUCAAAUUAUUGUUAGUAUAGAAAUAAAAACAGUAAAAAGCAAAACCUCCCUUCCCUCCACAACGGUGCUUUGCUUUGUGUUGAUCUAUCACAGAAAAUCCCAACAAAUGACAUCAAAGCUGGUGGUUGAAAUGUGACAAAAUGUGGAAGAAAGUUCCAGGGGGGAUGAAUAGCUUUAUAGAGAGGUUUUACUGGGAUAAUAAAAUAAUCUGAAAUUAGAUGUCUUGAUAGUUUUUCACACCGAAGCCAAACUCCCGAGUGGCAACCUGCAUCCAUUCACAAUCAGUCCAUUUUGUUGUGUGCAGCUACUAUCUGGCAGCCGACCGACGCACAAACAGAACAGACCUUCUGAAAUCACCCGACUGCCUCAUCGUUUCCCGCUUUCCCCCCCUCCCCCCCUCUCCUUCUGUGGUUUUUAGUGGUUACAAGUGACUUCUGCAUCUCGGAGUGUAAUCUUUCCGUGUCGUAUAUAUACAAAAACACAUACCAGUUGCAUCCUUUGUAGAGUUAUGUGGUUUGCAAAAAAAAAAAAUGUUUUGUUUGCCAUGUGUUUUUGUUCUUUUUGUUUCUUAUUUUUUAGAGAGAGAAAAAAAAAGUAUUUUAAUUUAGCCUUUUUAUAGGACAGUAGAAGAAGAAGAAAAAAAAAUCAGCAUGCCUUUUCCUUGAGAAACUGUACACUUUAAACAUUAUAAUGAUAAUAAAGAAUGUUUGGCUGACUACUGUGGUGAAAGAAAGCAAAGGGUUUGGACGUUUCGCCUUCUUCCUGUUUUAUGUUCCUCUUCACUAUCUGUCUCUCUUGUGUAAAAAUGGCCACCGGACCCAUUUGACUGGGGACCCAGGGGGAGGCAGGUGUAGAUGCUGGCCCAGCUUUGCUCACUUUGGUCAGGGUAAGUCCGGGUAGGAGCUCCAUCCUCUCUCCAGCCCCUCAAACCAGAGAAUGCAUAAACAAUUGGGAGUGCUGAGUGCUGGCGCUAAAAAGAAAACCGAUUUUUUUUCCAUGCAUCCGAUUUGCCUUAUACGCUACGCUGUGAGGGCUGGGGAGAGGCUCACAGAUGGAAUGGCCUAGGUGCAUUUUGAUCUGUGGAGCAGUCUCUUCCUUGGGGUUUGAUGGGUGUGCGUCUGGUCCGAGUCUGGUCUCUCUCUCCCCGCUGCACCAAAUUCUCCCCCUUUUUUUUUUUUCCCGUGUGUCUCUGUGUUCAGUAUACUCUCAGACCUGCAUGUGUGAUAAUCUGUAACUGCCGCAAGAAAAAAGAGAAAAAGAGAAAAAAAAAAAAAGUCCGACUCGACAGUCCAGCUCUGAACUAACUAUCUCAACUGAAUUAGGUCACGGUGCUACCUGGAACACCCUGCGUGAGCCAUGGGGAAGACUUUUAGCGCGACGCCGCCGCAGCGGAAACUCGUUGUCUCUCUUUCUCUUCACCACCAAGGUAAAUCGACUAAAUGCAAAAGAAAGAAAUCAUGAAGCACUGACCUCUCUUCUCCUUAAUUGCCCGCCCCCCCCCCCCCCUCCCCUCACUUUCCUUUGACUGUGGCUUGAUACAACACCCACCUCCCCUUUUUCCUCCCCUCCGCCAUCACCACCUCCCCCCCUCUCUCUCUCCCGAGUCCGUAAUCUCUCUUCUGCUGCGUCGGCAGUGUUUGUACCUGUAGCCGGGGUCUUCUGACUGGGAGUGAUGGGCCGGCUGGGCUGGGGCGGGGCGGGGCGGGGUUAAGACCCCCUCCCGAGGACUGAACCUGUCCUGCAUCAGCAUCUGAUGUGCUCGUUGUUCGGGUGGUGUGUGAGCUGGUGGGGGGAAAAAGGGGGUGUGUGUGUGUGUCAGGGUGUGCUUCGUUUGUGUGUGUCUGUGUGUGUGCCUGUCCUAAAAAAAUAAAUGCGGGGUAGUUUUUGGGAGCCGUUUCAUUGGUCAGUGAGGCUUGGCGUAAGUGGACACACCCCGAACCCAUCCCCUUGCCAGCUAAUCAACUCCUGUCCACCGCCGUAUUCGCCGCCCUCAACCCUCUUCACCCACCCCUCCCCGCACCGCCACCUCCCUCCCUCCCUCCCUCCCUCCCUCCUUCCUUCCUUCACUCCCUCCCUGCUGUCCCCUCUUUGCGCAUCUCGUCACCUCUCCGUCGUCCACGCACACAGCGCUUUUGUUUCUCCUCCCCCCGCCGGCACCGCCGCCACCUUGGAUCUGGGUUCCAUCGCUCGGGCUUGGACUCAACUUUUUCCAGAACCACCCACCCGAUCCAAAAAAAAAACAAAAAAAAAACACCUCUCCCCCUCCGCCUCUGUUACCGUAGACGUUCAGGCGUGCCUAAAGGACUGUGUGUUUGUGGCGGCCCGCCGUAGGACGGUGUCCCUUCGACACAGAGACACUCGAGGAACUGCUUCUGCUGCGACUGUUGAAUGUUGGCUGUGCAGGGAGGCGAAAGGCAGCAUGCGAUGUAGAGCCGCCCGAAGCUAUAGGGUGACAGUUUCCUUCUCACGGCGACCUGCGUCCGUCAGAAACGUCCUAUAAGAAAGGCCCGCGGGCCCGUCUAACCUGCAGAUUCUCACUGAUCUCAGGGUUCCUAUAGGACUUUUCUGUUACCAGCAUCUCAGAGGCUUGUGAGUGCGCUCACCUGGUAGGACUGGAGUUGGGGGGGACGGUUUUGAGUUGUCCGUCACUGGCUCACAGCUGCAAGGCUGGGUGUGUGAUGCCCCUCCUCAACGAGACAAAAGAAAGGACAGGAAGUGAUGAGACGCAAAUAGGUGAGUUGGUGGCCUAGUUUCGAAGGUGUGCAAUAAGAGAGUUAAACAUGUAUCUCCUUACGUGUACAGGCUAGACUUUCUAUAAGCAACCUCUGGCAGAGUAGAAGGAGGUGCUUACCAACUCCCCCCCCCCCCCUGCUCCUCCAUGUUGUUUUCCCCAGCUCCCCACUAAAGGUUUUCUGGUGCUUGUGAGUCUGGGGCUUCAACCAUGCUUGUUUAUAUGCAGUCAUGCAUCUUUAAAAA